UUGAGCUGGUAUCAUCAAAUUCAACCCAAUAUUAACAAAUAAUAAUAUUUUUUUCUCUUCUUUUGAAUACAAAUUAGUUUUAACUCCCGAUAUCCCACCCGCAACCCCCCCCGGCCGGAGGCCCGUGCUGUUCCGGGCCUCGACAUGUGCAGCACGGAAGCGGUAAACACCUUGCAGGAGCAACAGCUCGACAUGGAGGACGUCGACCAAUGUAGCGAAGAGAAGCAGGUCUUGCCCUUGUCUUCUUGCUCAUCGUCGUCGGCCCCGUCGUCGCCGCGGUCUCCGCACAGCUCGUCGGACCUGGAGGAGCUGCAGCGCAUGCCGCUGGCGCCGCCGCGGUGGAAGAACCGGAAGCGGCUGACGAAGCAGCUGUCCAUGUGCGAGACCCCCCGCGACAUUGCGUGGGAGAAGCGGCGGCGCCAGAUCCUUGGGAAGAGCGGCCUCGGCGUGACGCCAGAGGACAUCACGGACGAGGACCUGAACGAGCUCAAGGGGAGCAUCGAGCUCGGGUUCGGCUUCAAGGAGAAGGACGGGCAGAAGCUGUGCAACACGCUGCCGGCUCUUGACCUCUACUUCGCGGUAAACCGGCAGCUCUCCCUGAGCCCUGGGUCGACGCCACAGAGCCAAGGGCAAUCGUCGCCGUCCUCGCUCGGUGGGCGGUCCAUGUCCUUGGAGAGCCCUACGAGCGACUCCGACGCUUGGAAGAUUUGUAAUCCAGGUGAUGAUCCUCAGCACGUGAAGACCAAACUGAGGCACUGGGCUCAAGCUGUGGCAUGUUCUCUAAGGCAAUCAUCCUGAAAAAUCAAAUGGGUGUGUGGUUGUGGGACGACUAGCUUGUACAGAAAAAAAAAAAGAGAGGAAAAAAACUGAGGAGGAUGAGAGAGAAGCUUAAACUAAAAUUAGGGUUUCAUUUGAUGAUACUUGAUGUAUAGCCAAAACGAGGUUGAUGGAUAUGGCUUUUCCUUGGGGCUUGUUAAUCUGUGUAAAUGAAUAUAACCGAGAAGACAGAUAUUGCUUCUUGCCUUCUCAAUGACUGUCCCUCCAAGACAAUGCAUUUGCUCUUUUUCUC